CCGGAGACUGGAGAGUAAAAAGAACUGGAGGUAAGGACCUCCUCUCCAUCUUGCCCUGCUCCCCCAGGCUCCUAGAAGUUCCAGGGCAGAGGUCAAGGACAGCCCCUAGAGCCCCUGCCUGGUGGGACCAUGAACUGGCAGCUACUGUGGCUGUUUUUUUUACUUCCCAUGGCUAUUUCAGGCCGAGCCCUGGGGCCUGCAGAGAAGGAGGCAGCAGUGGAUUACCUUUUGCAAUAUGGGUACCUACAGAAGCCUCUAGAAGGACCUGAUGACUUCAGGCCAGAAGAUAUCAUGGAGGCUCUAAGAGCUUUUCAGGAAGCAUCUGAGCUGCCAGUCUCAGGUCAGCUGGAUGAUGCCACAAGGGCCCGCAUGAGGCAGCCCCGUUGUGGCCUAGAGGACCCCUUCAACCAGAAGACCCUUAAAUACCUUCUGCUGGGCCGCUGGAGAAAGAAGCACCUGACCUUCCGCAUCUUGAACUUGCCCUCCACCCUUCCACCCGACACAGCCCGGGCAGCUCUGCUUCAAGCCUUCCAGUACUGGAGCAACGUGACCCCCCUGACCUUCCGGGAGGUGCAAGCUGGCUGGGCUGACAUCCGCCUCUCCUUCCAUGGCCGCCAAAGCCCGUACUGCUCCAAUACCUUUGAUGGGCCUGGGAGGGUCCUGGCCCAUGCUGAUAUCCCAGAGCUGGGCAGUGUGCACUUUGAUGAAGAUGAGCUCUGGACCGAGAGGACCUACCGGGGAGUGAACCUGCGUAUCAUUGCAGCCCAUGAACUGGGCCAUGCCCUGGGGCUUGGGCACUCUCGAUACACUCAGGCCCUCAUGGCCCCUGUCUAUGCUGGCUACCGGCCCCACUUCAAGUUGCACCCAGAUGAUGUGGCAGGGAUUCAGGCUCUCUAUGGCAAAAAGAAGCCAGAGAUGGAGGAUGAGGAAGAAGAGAUGGAGCUUCCCCCUGUACUCCAAAUUCCCACAGAACCCAGUCCCAUGCCGGACCCCUGCAGUGGUGAACUGGAUGCCAUGAUGCUGGGGCCCCGUGGAAAGACGUACGCCUUCAAAGGGAGCUACGUGUGGACUGUGACAGAUUCAGGGCUGGGUCCCUUGUUCCAAGUGUCUGCCCUUUGGGAGGGGCUCCCAGGAAACCUUGAUGCUGCUGUCUACUCUCCUCGAACACAAUGGAUUCACUUCUUUAAGGGAGACAAGGUGUGGCGCUAUAUUAAUUUCAAGAUGUCUCCUGGCUUCCCCAAGAAGCUGAAUAGGAUAGAACCUAACCUGGAUGCAGCUCUCUAUUGGCCUGUCAACCAAAAGGUGUUCCUCUUUAAGGACUCUGGGUAUUGGCAGUGGGAUGAGCUGGCCCGAACUGACUUCACCCACUACCCCAAACCAAUCAAGAGGUUGUUUACAGGAGUGCCAGACCAGCCCUCAGCUGCUAUGAGUUGGAAGGAUGGCAGUGUCUACUUCUUCAAGGGCAAACAGUACUGGCAUCUCAAUCGACAGCUUCGAGUAGAGAAAGGCUACCCCAGAGAUAUUGCUCACAACUGGAUGCACUGUCAUCCUCUGACCCCAGAUACUACUCCAUCAGGUGGGGACACCACUCCCUCAGCUACAGGCAUUGAGCACUCACCCACAGGAACAACUUUGGUUACCACUUCCUCGGCCAUAGAUACCACUUUGAACAUGGACCACUUGCCCAGAAACACAAUCUUGGACACGAUCCCCUAAGCCACAGGCUCUACCACCCUUUCAUUCCCCGGUAAUUUCACCCUCUGAGAGGCCUAAGACCUGAACAAAUGUCUGCUCACUAGACUGCAGGUGCUGCAGCAGGGGAAUGGACCAUAGACCUAAGGUCUCUAAAUGUCCCAGCUCUAGCCACGACUUCCCUGUGCUCUUUCUCUCCUGGGCAGUGACUUCCUAAUUCUGGGUCAACUCCCAACUCUAUCCAUUUCUUCUGUCCUAGAUAGCACUUCCAACUGUGUUAUCUACUCUUUGGAAAACAGUGGUAGAGAGAAGGUCUCAAUUAGGGCUUUAGCUGACAGGAAGCAACAGCUGGGAAGCUGAAUGCCUGGGUGCUGUUCAUCCCAGAUAAAGUGCAAGAAAACAGCAUGGCCAGUAGAAUGAGCGAGGGCUUUGGAAUCCUUAAGAAUGACAUUUGCUUAUUUAUAAUUUGAGGAGGUUAAUUAACCUCGUUGAGCCUCUGAGUCCCCAUCUGCAAAAUAAGAUCGAUACUAAUCCUGCAGCGUUGUUGCAUUAAAUGAAAUACUACAUAUGAAGUGCCUGGCACAGUGUCUGGCACACGUGUGCUUAAUAAAGGCUAACUCUGUGUUUACAAGGGA